UUUGACACUACUCGUCAAAACAGAUAAUUGAACAUAAUUCCGUAAGUCAUUCGAUGUUUUGAUGAUUAGAUAUUUUAACUCGGGUAGAGAAGUGUUUAUGCAUUUUACAAUUGGACUCGUAAUAAGUUACAAUGCGGCUAAAUUGGAAUAAAUCUUUUAAAUUUAUGACAAGAUUUACAGUGAUUUUAAUUAUAUUGAAUACACUACGUAACACCUAUGUGAAACAGUUGACAAAAUUUGAUUCUGUAGAACAUUCAACCCUACUUGCUGACAUCAGUAUUCGCGAAAGAGUUUUAUUUAACAGACUGAAUGUAAAGACAGGAUUACUUUGAACUAUAAGUUUCUAAUUAUUACGAGUAGUUGCAAAGCGACAGUUUUUCCUUCUCAUCUUGCACGAAAACCAUCUUGGCGUGCUGCUGACAUACAUAAUCAAUCAUACGUAUUUUCUGCGUACGUUUUACGUAACAAACGUCAAAUAGUGAUUGUUGGAAUAACAGAUAGAGGACCAUCAAAUUACUGUUGUCAGAUUUGGAAUAAGAAUUUUGGAAGACAAAACGUGAAGAUGGAAGAGGAACCAGCAAAAGUUGUAACACUUCCGGAAGGGCGUUCACUCAGAGUCAAUGAAAGCAGACGACAAUGAAGAUGAAAUUACUGUAGAAAGUGGAGAAUGUAAAGGAAUAACGUUUGCGCCUCAAAUGAUUGAUGAAAAAUCUUGGUUUCCUGUGGACGAGAGAAAGACUAUGUUUGUAUUUUCCGCCUUCUAUAUCAAAGGAAGGAAAAAAGUUUUCAUUAUUGGAGCAAAACAAAUUGUCUCUACUAUUACUAUAUGCCAGUACUGGUACCAGUAUGAAAGAUCAAGAGAAAUGUUCGUGAAGGAAAAACAGAGCUUGGUAAGGAUGCCGAGGGAAGGUCAAAAUAAAAAAUACACGUCUACAAUAUUUGAGUGUGGCCUGGGAACAUCUCGGAUGCCAUCCUACAUUUCUGUAGUAACGAAAUCUUGUGAAACUCCAUUAAAUAUACUCCGAGUGAAGAAUGUAUCAAAACCGGAAGGAUACAAAAACCGAUUUGCUGUCUGUCUUUCGCCAUUAUACUUUAAUUACAGUCGUGCAUAUGAACUCGUGGAAUGGAUUGAACUCAACAGGAUACUUGGAGCUGAGAAGUUCGUGAUUUACAACAUCUCUACUUCCAUCAAUGUAAAUCAAGUGCUUGCAUAUUAUUCAAAACGAGGCUUAGUGCAAGUUAUGCAAUGGCGGUUACCAAUGAGAGUCGCUACAUAUCCAAGGUCAAAGGAACCAACAGAAAUUCAUUACUUUGGCCAGACAGCUGCUUUGAAUGAUUGUUUGUUUCGAAGUAAGGGUGACUCUGAAUAUCUAGUUAAUGUUGAUUUGGUUGAAUUUAUUAUCCCUCAUGGAAAUAAUCAAUUUAACUGGACAGACGCUAUCAAACCCUUUGCAGAAAAAUCCAAUGUAUUUCUUUUAAAAAGUACAUAUUUUAGAAAAGAAUGGGAAAAUAAUACAACUGAUUUUCCAGACAAAUAUCUAAUUCAAAAAUUGAAAUUAGUAACUCUUCAAAUAUAUGAACACGAAGGUAGAAUUUUUCCUGCAUGACAACGAUCAAAAUAUAUAGCACAUACAGCUUCUGUUGAUAGAAUCCUAAUACAUGAAGUUCCAGCUGCCAGGACAGCAGUAAUACCAGAUAAUAUCGGACUUGUACAUCAUUAUAGAAACUGGUUUAAUCAGAAGGAUAGACGUGGCCAGGUCAAGGAUUAUACCGUUCAACAAAAGUUUGGGACAAAUCUGAUAAAACGGGUACAAAAUGUGUGGAAUGAUCUCGCUGGAGUGAAAAUGGAAAUACCAAGCAAGUGAAGAUUUCUCGUCGGAGUACUGAUGUCGAAUAAAGUCAGUCUGAGCAAGCUCAGUAAAAUAAGAGCAAGGUCUAAUUACUGAACAUCAACAGUUAGAAUUAAUUUCAUAUGAGUCGUACCAUGAGAAAACCAACAUAGUGGCUUUGCGACCAGCAUGGAUCCAGACCAGCCUGCGCAUCCGCGCAGUCUGGUCAGGAUCCAUGCUGUUCGCUAACAGUUUCUCUAAUUGCAAUAGGCUAUGAAAGCGAACAGCAUGGAUCCUGACCAGACUGCGCGGAUGCGCAGGCUGGUCUGGAUCCAUGCUGGUCGCAAAGCUACUAUGUUGGUUUUCUCAUGGCGCGGCUCGUAUAAAUUAGCGUAACAUGUUAGUAAAUAUAAACAUUCCAUAUUUCCUUUUGCACGCGUAUAAUUUUAUGCAGUUCCCAACUGCGCAUACGGUUAUAUCUAGUACUUUGAAAAGAGUAUUCAAUCGUCUAUGUUGUUACCUGCGGCCUGUUAUAUUGGAAUACAACAAGUAGUAUAGCACAUGGGGACUGGGUGACAUCACGGGACUUUUUACCGAUAUGCGAUUGGCUUAUCGCAUUUAUGGAGCGCCGUUUUUGCUGGCACUCUAUAUGAUAUAUAGAGAAAUGUUUGUGACCUGAAUUCCUCAUUUAUUAUUUCAUAUAAUCUAUUCAAACUUUCAGCAAUGAUCAAUAUUGAUACCUAGUUGUGCAUAAGGGUUUUUUUGUUAAUUGCUCUUCAAUUUCCUGGAGUAUGGUCCUGUGUUGUCAACGAAGUGCAGGUUAAGGCAUGAAUCACAUUUGAGAAAGCUAUCGUGAAGUAUUUCAAUAUAUAUAGUCAAGGAAUGUGACCAUAUGUUAUACAUGAAAGGGAAAUAUAUUUAUUUUUGCUUAAAACAAUAACUUUCAGAAUUAAGAAAUACAUAUUUCAUAGAUCUACUUGUAAAUCAUGUAGAAUGGAGUAAUAUUUCCUACAUUAAAGCGUAAUGGUAUAAUAAAAAGAACAAGUACGUUAUUCACCCAUAAGUUACUUUUUAGGCUGAGUGGUCACACAUACAUCCAUAACAAUUUCUGGUCUGUCUAACUUCUGGCCGCAGGAAAUCUUUCGACUUGUUACUUGAAUUGAUUGUCACAAAUAAACGGAACGCUAUGCUAUCAUAUUACAUUCUAAUCAAGUCGUCUUAGGACAAGUGAUCACUUGCUUUAAUAUAAAUGACUGUCAGUUUAUUGAUAUUAAUUUUAUAAUCUUAUUUUUUGUUAAGAUUAUCGCACAUGUAUUUCCUGAGAAAUUAGUCGUAGCAUAAUGGUUUAAUUGUUUUAAAUUAGCUAGGAAAAUUAUGUUUACCUUUAUAGCAAGAAUACCAGUUGUAGAAAUAAUGAAAUUUUACAACCCAAUAAAAGUUGUCUGAAUUAUUGUAAUUGGUCUAAGACAUGUUUUAAACGGCUUAUUUUUUCUAUUUUUUUUUAAUUUUCUUAUUACGAGUAAAAAAUACUGCGAUUUAAACGCCAUUUUGACACCAUGGUUAUUCUGUUCUCCACAAUGCUGACUACGAUAUUACGAAAUGAUUGUCCAUAUUGAUUUUUUUCCUAAACUGAACUGUUUCCAUGGAAACAGAGAAAUCAUAUGUAGUUCAAAAGAUUGCAUUUAUCAUGGGAAACGUUUUACUCUCACUCAGUUUGUCCCGCUAAACAAUUUUAUGUCUAAUGUUGGGAUGCAUGACAGACCACUGUCUUAACUAACCUGGUUCAGCUGAUCGUGUACAGAACAGUUUUGAACACUUUACAGGGUUCAGCUGACAGAAUACUGAACAACUUUAACACUUUUUCGGGUUAAGCAGGCAGGAUAUUGAACAACUGUGAACACUUUACAGUGUUCAACUGACAAAAUACAGAGCUGCUGUAUACACUUUAAAUUAAAGCAAAUGAUUUAUAGUAAAUCGUGUUUUACACUAAAAUCGGUAAUAAUACGUCCCGAGAAUAAUUCGGGCUACGCUCUCGUGAAAUUAUUCCAGGUUCGUAUUACCUCUUUUCAUGCAUUAAUACAGUUAAAACAUUGUUAUUCUAUACAUUAUUUCCUAAUUCACUCGGCAAUAUUGGGUUGGUGUGCACAAAAUAACUCGUAUUGUCAUGUACAAAUUAUUGUAUAAGCAUGUUUUGUCACAUUUGUUUUCUACCAGAUUAAAGAUUAAACUUCUUGACUUCAAUUCAGGGGAAAAUUUUACGGAAAUGUGUCUGUAUAGAUUAAAAACUUAUCGUUAUUUCCAAUUUGGCUCAAUGUUGUUUGUCAUCCGGGAUGAAUAAUUGAUUAAUCGUCAACAACAUUAAAUUAUCCAUUUAUCGUGCUAACAUCUGAGAAGGGAGAUUUUGAGAUCAAUAUCCGUGUAUUUGCUAUCUGGUGAUUUCAGUGAUAUAUUACAUAUGUAUACAGUCUAUUAGAAUCUUCACAAAUAUCACAGUAUGAUAGCAGCAUGAUAUAUUAUUCAUGAAUACUAUAUAAAGUUUCAUAUUGACUUUGAUGUUUGGUCGAGAGGUGCCAUAUUGACCAAGUAUUUCUUGCAUACCAUGGGGAUCUCCGGUAUUUUCAUCGGUGCUGGAAAAAUCCAUCUUACACCCCACGGGGUGUAAAAUGACUCUCGUGCUGUAAUUGACGUAUCACGGACUACAUACCGGUAUAUGUAGAAGAUUUAUGUGGUAAUUUAUAUUUAUAUUAUAAAGCGGAAUAAAAAUCCAUUACCUUGUGA